AUUGGAAACUGGAAUUUACUGGUGGUUACGGGAAUUCGGCAUUGCGGCUUUUAUGCAGUUUUAUGGCGGAGUAGGAUGUGAUAAUGAUCAAUGGUGAUGGAGCUCCAUGGUUAUGUCAUUUGUUAGGGGAGUGCAAUACAAAUUGCUAUGCAUUUUUGGAUAUGGAAUUGAUUGAAUGCUAUUACAGUUUGGGGAUCAGUGAUAAUGAAAGCUGAAUAUGCUAACAAGUGAUUAAUUAUCUCCUAGAUUCCGAGAAAGAUGGGAACCACACAGAUUGGAAAGAUCUACGUUCCGGGUAAAUUCAGUUGGACAGGUGGUCUUUUGUGGUAGCUCUACCCUUUCAUGAUUGAUUAUGGCUGCGCAGAACCAAUGGUUGUCGCGACGCUGGAAUUUCUGGCUAAACUGAAACUGCAAUCGGCUGAUCAUGUAUUCCCUAGAUUCUGGGAAAGAUGAGAACCAAAGUUUUGAGGAUCUAGAGUCUAGACCAAUGUGGUUAGACAGUGGAUUGAGGAGCCAACAAUUCUUAUCACCCGCUUUGAAUAUGCAAACCUUUCACACGGUUACUGAUUGGUACAAUGCAUACGUUUCCUCCAGGGUCACUGAAUUACCGUAUCGACCUCAUGUUAUCUUUGUAGACGGCCAUUGCACGGUGGUACCACAGAUUUUAGAUAAAGUGGAAAUUGGAUCUAUAUGUGGCAUCAUGCUCGGCAUGACUAAACAGGGUUUGGCUGUAACAACAUGGAGUAGCCUGAAACACAGAAAAUCAGCUUCAGUACAAGUGGAAAGAACCUUUGUUGUUCUCUUUGUUUAAGAAUUGCAGCAGGAUGAGAGUAAAGGAUUUUAGACACUUGUUUCUUUCAAUAAUUAGUUUUUGUUAGAGGAUAUAGAUUGAUCAAAGUUACCAGAAUUAUCUUCAGUCAAAUAUCUGUAAUAGCCUUUUGAGUUUAGAGAGAAUAAUUAGUUAUCAAGGAAACUCCAUCUUUCUUACCGUCUUUAUUCUUUCAUGGUAAAUGUGACAUUUGUAUCCUCUUAUGAGGAGUAUGCUUGAUAUGCAUUUUGUGCAAGUUCAUUGAUAGUUUGAACUUCUGGCAAAUGAGUGUUUAACAUGGUCUAAUUGCUCCACUCAUGAUUUCAUAUUGUAUCCCUCUUUGUUUGGUCAGUGUGCUCCUAUUUUGAA